UUGGUGGGAGGGCCGGGAGUGGGCGCGCUGGAACUACCGUCUUUCUUUCGAGAAUUAAUAAUAGGUGCUCGGCGGGGUGACAGUCCCGAACCGACGCUGUCACAGUCACCAUGAGGGUGGUCUCGCUUCUGCCUCUGUCGGCGCUGCUACUGGCGCUCGGGGUCUCCCGCUGUGUCGGUCACGCCGUGCGCCAUGGGGACCACGAGAGUAUCGGACAGAAUAACGAGAUGACGAUAAUGCAAGAUGAUGUCGAGUGUGAUGACGGCGAGACUAACCUGGAGGUGGACUGGGACGGUUCGCCGGAGGUGUUCACCUGUACAAUGGCCCGUGACCGUCGUCCGGCGGACCCGAUCCGUACGAUGGAUUCCAUCCAGACCUGCGUUGACGUCAGCGGGGAUUACCUACCGCAACACAUCUGCAUGAAUGAAACUAUCGAGUAUUCCAUGACGAUUCCGCUUCUAGAGAAUCAUCGGCCGGUACGGCCCGUAGACGGCGAGUACCUGUACCUUCCACCGCAGCGCUGGCUCCACAACAUUGAGCACGGCGCGAUUGUCAUGCUGUAUCACCCGUGCGCCGACUCUACCGAGGUGGACAAAUUGAAACAACUGGUGCGUGGCUGCAUCCGUAGACACAUCAUCACCCCCUACAACAAACUAUCGCUGGAGCGGCCGCUGGCGCUGGCCACCUGGGGCUGCCACCUGAGGAUGGCUCGGGUGGACGAGGCCGCCGUCCGCACCUUCAUCAGGGAGAAGGCUCUGAGGGGUCCCGGCCGCCAGAGGUACGGCAGGGGCCGCUUCGACGCCCAACUGCUGGUCGAAGCCGCCACGCCCGAGGGCUCGGACCAAGCCGACUCCGUGCUCUGUCCCAACCAGCCCUGAGGUGGCCGGCGGGCCGACCGGCCCCGGGGACAGUGACCUGAGCGGACCAGCCGCCCCAGGAAGGUGGUGACGUCUGACCAUUGAGACUAUAUUGCCUUCACAUCCUGAAUUACAGAGAAGGAACGUUUAGCUCCACCAUUGGCGGGCUGCUAAUGGAAAAAACUGGAAAGACAAACGUAAAAUGUACACUUUUAAUGAUGUCCUACGUGCCUUUUUGUCAUAUAGUUCUCUGAAGAGUUUGGUUGCAGCGCUUGGCUCCGAUAUGCCCUACUAUUUUAAUUUCGAUAUAAAAUACAAGCACAGUUUUAGCUCUG